UCCCGUUACAGAAGAGAUGGCACCCAUGCAGGCUAGAAGAACAGGCCGCUUGUACGAGCGCAACGGACCUACUAAGGGGGCAGUUAUGGGUUCAAAGAGAGUGGCAAUUAUAGGAGCCGGGGUGAGCGGACUCACGUCAAUCAAGGCUUGUCUGGAGGAGGGGCUUCAGCCGGUCUGCUUCGAGCAACAUGACGAUCUCGGCGGCGUGUGGUACUACUCUGACGAUGUCAGACCCAACCAGGGCGCCGCCAUGUACCGGUCUCUCAUCACAAACUCCAGUAAAGAAAUGAUGUCGUUCAGCGACUUCCCCUUCCCUAAGGACACGCCCCCCUACCUGCCGUACCACCGUGUGUACACAUAUCUACAGGACUACGCUCAGCACUUCAGCCUCAAGAAACACAUCCGAUUCGGCACACAGGUCAGCCGCAUACAGAAGACAGAAGACUUUGAUGAGACAGGACGGUGGGAGGUCCGUACUGUACAGACGGGUCAUGGCGAUGGGGAACAGAAAGAGAUCUUUGACGCUGUAAUGGUGUGUAACGGCGUGUUCGCCCGGCCCUACGUUCCCGACGUGCCUGGUCUGUCGGACUUCGCAGGUGUCACCAUGCACAGUCAGGAGUACCGGACUGCCCAACAGUUCACCGGGAAGAAAGUGGUUGUUGUAGGGGCGGGAAACUCUGCAGGCGACGUGGCGGCGGAGAUCGCUCAGGUGGCGUCACAGGUGUACCUGAGCCUGAGGGACGGUGCCUGGGUUCUCCCCCGCCUGGCUCAGGCCGGGAUGCCGCGGGACAUGAUGCUGCGCCGGGUCCUGAUGAACAUGCCCGAGUUCAUCUUCAACAAAAUCAUCAAGGGCGAGGCGAACGCCAGAGUGUGUCAUGACAACUACGGGCUGACGUGUCCAGCUGAACCGCUCAAACAUUCCGUCAUGACCAAUGACGAAAUAGGUUUCAGACUGGCCACAGGACAGGUCGUGACGAAGCCCCAGCUGUCCCGGUUCACCCAGCACGCUGCUCGGUUCGCGGACGGCAGUACAGUGGACGGACUGGAUGCCGUGGUGUUCGCCACGGGCUUCCACCUGGCGUUUAAGUUCGGUGACAAGUCCAUCCUUCCUAGUAAGUCUCAUGCGUAAAUUCCCUCACUGUUC